UCAGUGAUCACAGCCUGGACACAGAAACUGGACACAGACAGACCCAACUGUCCAGAGAGAGUGACCACAGCCAGCAGGGAGACAUGCACUUUCUGCUGCACUUUGAGAACUACUCUGGGAUUAGACGAGCAUUCUUCCCUAAAAUAAUUAAUCUUAUCCCAGAAUUCCCACACUUGAGCAACUUCCCAUCCUACUGGGGAACGAAAAUCAUUAUUGCUGCAGCUCAGUAUGUGAUCUCCUGUCACAAAACAGGGAGUGAGGGAGUGUCUCAAAUACAAAUAUUUUGUCAUUCUUGUAUAUGUUUAUUGUUACUUCUUUGGCAAUGCUGUAGUUCAGUCAAUGAUUUUGAAAUGUGAAUUUGUGUUUGCUGUGUAGCAUCAGUGAAAGGAAUGUGUGGGUGUGUCAUCUCAGUGUGUAUUCUGGGUGUGUGGUGUGUGGAGGUAGUAGUGUUUGCCUUUUCGGAUGUUUACUGGAAACGGGGUCUUCACACAGAGCGGGGAGGAGAGAGAAAGGGGAGGAGGGCUGGAGAGAGAAGGAGGGAGGGGACUGGAGAGGGAGGAGAGGAGAGGUCUACUUGGAAAAGAGAGAGUUGAAGCAGCUGUAGAUCACUCAUCCCUCCCGAAAGAGAGAGGCAAGAAACUGAAAGACAGGCAGAGUGGAAAAGAGAGAGAGCCACUCUCAGUGCGGUCUUUCUGAAACACACCAACGGGAUAUAGGAGAGAAAACAAGCAGAAGAAAACAGAGAUCACAUCUGUGAGAGGGAGAAGUCCCAGUUUUCCAGGACUCAUUGAAUGAAGGGCAGAGGAAGAGCUGGAGAGAUGGGAGGAUGAGCGAGAGGGGGCAGGAAAAGGGCACGAGGGAGUCUGGGAUGCGGAGAGGAAGAGGCAGAGGGAAAGAGGAGCGAAAUAGCCGGACCGGCUCGCACGCACAGCAGCGCUGACUCAGCGGGUGGUAAUCAGAGCCCAACAGACCCCCCCCGGACAGAGAGUCAUCCCAGCUAGACACGGACACAGCGGGGGCGCCACCUGCCCACACAGAAGAGCUCCCACACCUCACCCGAGCGCCAUGGCGGCCUCUGCCCCUGCCCCUGGCCUGGCCCUGCCCACCCCCUCCCCCUCCCCGUCUGCCAUGGCCCUGUGCGACUACAGCGAGUGGAGCCCCACCUGGGUCCUCAUCCCCCUGGUCUACCUGCUGGCCUUCGUCCUGGGCUCCCUGGGGAACGCGCUGGUCCUGUGGCUGUACCUGGGAUGUUCGGUGCCCCGGCUCCGCCGGGCCUGCCCCGUUCUCCCGCGGGUGCCCCCCCCUUCCUCCUCCUCCUCCUCCUCUUCCUCCUCGCCCGCCCCCUCCCGGCCGGGCCGCUCCCUGACGGACUCCCUCAUCGCCAGCCUGGCGGCGGCCGACCUGGCCUUCGUGGCCACCCUGCCGCUGUGGGCGGCCUACACCGCCCAGGGCUACCACUGGCCGUUCGGGCGGCCGCUCUGCAAGCUCAGCAGCUACCUGGUGGCCCUCAACAUGUACGCCAGCGUCUUCUCGCUCACCGGCCUCAGCGUGGAGCGCUACUGGGUGGUGGCGGGGCGGGGCGCGGGG